CCGGAGGGGGGCGGGUCAGGAAGUGGGGGCGCGACGGUCGGGAGCGGCCCUGGGGCAGCCGAGGGGCUCGGCGACGCCGAGGACGGGAGGCUCCGGGCCCGCGCGGGAGCCGGAGGGGCGCCCCGGUCCCCGUGGAGACCAUGGCGGAGGAAGAAGGUGACGGGCCGGGGUCCAACGCGCCAGCUGCCGCCCGAGUAUCUCAUGUGAAGAUCACUGAACCAGAGACUGAAAUAGCAGGACCAACUGUAGAACUGCGCCAAAGGAAAAAGCUAAAGUCUUCAGAAAAUAAGGACUCUGCCAAAGAAGAAAAAAUCAAUGACACUCCAGUUCCUGAAAGACCUCCAAAAUUUCUCCAUAGUCAACUGCAGUCCAGAAGCAGAUGAUCAUCCUGACAUACUGUCAGAUGUAUUAUUUCAGCGCUUUGCAAAGAUUUUCAUUGGCUGUCUUGCAGCAGUUACUAGUGGUAUGAUGUAUGCUCUCUAUUUAUCAGCAUACCAUGAACGGAAAUUCUGGUUUUCCAACAGGCAGGAGCUUGAACGGGAAAUCACAUUUCAGGGUGACAGUGCCAUUUAUUAUUCUUAUUAUAAAGAUAUGUUAAAGGCACCUUCAUUUGAAAGAGGUGUUUAUGAACUGACACACAAUAACAAAACUGUGUCUCUGAAGACUAUAAACGCAGUGCAGCAAAUGUCUCUCUAUCCAGAACUUAUUGCCAGCGUUUUAUAUCAAGCAACUGGUAGCAAUGAGAUUAUUGAGCCGGUGUAUUUCUACAUUGGGAUUGUUUUUGGAUUGCAAGGAAUAUAUGUUACUGCUUUAUUUGUUACAAGUUGGCUUAUGAGUGGAACGUGGCUAGCAGGAAUGCUUACUGUUGCGUGGUUCAUCAUUAACAGGUUAGAUACAACAAGAAUUGAAUACUCCAUUCCUUUAAGAGAAAACUGGGCACUCCCAUAUUUUGCAUGCCAAGUUGCUGCACUUACGGGCUAUUUAAAAAGCAACUUAAAUACAUAUGGCGAGAGGUUUUGCUACUUGUUGAUCAGUGCUUCAACUUACACAUUUAUGAUGAUGUGGGAGUACAGCCACUAUCUCUUGUUUCUACAAGCAAUAUCUCUGUUCUUGCUAGAUAGUUUUUCAGUGGAGCUAAGUGACAAGGUUCAUGAAGUUUAUAAAAUCUAUAUAUUUUCUCUUUUUCUGGGAUAUUUACUGCAGUUUGAGAAUUCAGCCUUAUUGGUAUCUCCUUUAUUAAGUUUAGUGGUGGCCUUAAUGCUUGCUAAAUGCCUUCAGCUGAAUGUGAAAAAAGGCACUUUUAUAGCUAAAAUGAUAAAAGUGAUUAAUUUUUACUUGGUGUGUACUCUGACAGUGACACUGAAUAUUAUAAUGAAGAUGUUUGUCCCACACAAAGAAAAUGGGCACAUGCUGAAAUUCCUUGAAGCAAAAUUUGGACUAAAUAUAACUAAGAAUUUUACAAUGAAUUGGCUCCUGUGUCAAGAAUCUCUGCAAACACCAUCUCAAGACUUUUUUUUGCGAUUGACACAGUCUUCUUUAUUACCUUUCUAUAUUUUAGUGUUAAUUAUUUGUUUUCUUUCUAUGAUGCAAGUUAUUUUUUGGAGAAUUAAUGGUAAGAAGUCCCUGAAAGAAACUAUUACUCUUGAGGAUGGACGAAUUGGAGAAAGGCCAGAAAUAACAUAUCAUGUGAUUCAUACUAUUUUAUUGGGCUCUCUUGCAUUGAUUAUAGAAGGCUUGAAAUACCUUUGGACUCCUUACGUUUGCACGCUAGCAGCCUUUGGUGUGUGUUCUCCUGAACUUUGGAUGACACUUUUCAAGUGGCUUCGAUUACGAACUGUACACCCAGUAUUGUUAGCUCUUAUUCUGAGCAUGGCUAUGCCUACUAUAAUAGGUCUCAGCUUAUGGAAAGAGUAUUUUCCAAGAUUAAUGACAGAAUUAACAGAACUACAAGAAUUUUAUGAUCCAGAUACAGUGGAACUUAUGACCUGGAUAAAAAGGCAAGCCCCAGUUGCAGCUGUGUUUGCAGGGAGUCCACAGUUAAUGGGUGUGAUUAAAUUAUGCACCGGAUGGAUGGUGACUAGCUUACCUCUUUACAAUGAUGAUGAUCUACUCAAGAGAAAUGAAAAUAUCUAUCAAAUCUAUUCAAAGCGAUCUGCUGAGGAUAUUUAUAAAAUACUGACAUCCUACAAGGCUAAUUACCUAAUUGUUGAGGAUGCUAUCUGCAAUGAGGUGGGAACCAUGAGAGGCUGUAGGGUUAAAGAUUUAUUAGACAUUGCAAAUGGCCAUGUGGUUUGUGAAGAAGGUGACAAGUUAACUUACUCAAAACAUGGGCGAUUUUGUCAUGAGGUCAAAAUUAACUAUUCUCCAUAUGUGAAUUACUUCACUAGAGUCUACUGGAACAGGUCCUACUUUGUAUAUAAAAUCAACACUGUGAUAUCCUUUCAGUCUUGAAAAAUAGCAGAGCCUUCAUUUCAAAGACUUAGACCACUUGAAGUAAGAUGCAGUUUUCUUCUACCUAUGUGGUGUCUUUUGGAAAUCAGUAUGAAAUACACUGCUACUUUUCCCCUCCUGCGGUCAGCUGGAUCCAGAGUUCUUUGGGGAAUAGAUCAAGCAUUACUGUCCUUUGGUAAAAUGUCAAAUCUACUACUCUAAUACUCCAGCCAGCUAUUUUCCAUCUUGCCACCUGGUCUUUAAAGAUCUUACAUUCUGAACUAUUGUAAAAUUUUCCUCAUAGAUCUUCAUUCUAUAAUGUUGAUCUUGAAUUUGAAUAUAUUCAAGGUCAGAGUGCAUCUUUCAAACAUAGUAUUUAAUAAAGACUUAAUAUACAGUUAUAGAAUAGAAGGAAAGAAUUAUUCUUACCCUCAAGGCAGUUUCUGAAAGUGUUUCAGGGUUUAUAACAGAACUGAAAUACAAAAAAAACCAAAAUGUUAGCCAAAAAUAUGUGGCAUUUAAAAUAAAUUGAAUAUUAUAUGAAGAAAAGUGAUUUUUAAGGAUAAACAUAAAGAUAUAUCCAGAUUUUCCAUAUACUGUUCAUACCAUCUGCUGCUUAUAUAAAUGAGCACUUAGUAAUAUAUAGUGCAUGAUAUUGCAUUUUAUUAUUUUGAACUAUUAAGUGGUUAGCUUUUUUCACUUAAUGCCCAUAAAUUUGAUACCAAUUUAAUCAUGAUAAAACACUAACUCUUGUAUCUAUAUAUUUUUUAAAACAGACAUUUAAAAGGAUGCUGUUCAGGUUUUUAAAAACUAUAGAUAUGGGGUAUAUGAUCUAUUUACAUGUUUUCUACUGAACUAUUAAGUAAAAAAUGAAAUAUCAGAAUAAGAAUAUGUACACUAAAAUGAGCAACAAUUUCUGGAGUUACAUGCAGAUGGUGUUAAGUAUACCUCUGCAGACAGAUAUAUUCAUUGUAAAACACAAGUGCUAUUAUUCAUGAAACUGAUACAGUCUUCAACAUUAAGAAAAAAUGACAGUUACAGUAAGACAGCACAGUUUCACAGUCUAAAUGCUUUGUUCCUUUAAAUAUUUUCAUAUUUUUAAUCAUAUUAUGAAAGAAAUUUUUAAAUGAUUAAUUUGGUCUUAUAAAGAGAUUCAUGAUAGAUGUAUCAUUUUAAUAAGAUGGGCUGUACAUUUACUUUUACCUUAUAUAUGUGUUCAGUGAAUAGGUUUCCAAAUUUUCACUUGUUAAAGUGCUAUAAAAAUUGCGAUUUCAGUACUCCAAAUUACGACAUUAGUAGAGAGCAUCUUUCCAUUACCUUCACUUUCUGGUUCAUAUAUAUAUAUAUAUAUAUACACACAUACGCACACACAUACAUAUUUUCUUUUGUUUUAAAGUACAAAAGCACGUGCAUUCUUAGAUUUCCUCUAGGAUGCUUUGCUCUUUUGGAGCUUAUAACUGUUUGAUGGCCAUGUCAUAUAUCUGGUGCAUUAGUUUUAUUGGUUCUCAUAUCACGCUUUUAUAAUUUUUAACAAAAUAACUGCAGGCAGAAUAUUUCAAGUUCUCUGUACAUCUUAAUAGUGAGUCACGAGUAUUUAGCUUCAAGCCUUAUGAAAAUACUGUCAGUUACCUAAAUAUGCACUGAAUAGUCACAUGGUAGUAUUUGUGAUUAGAGCAUAUAAAACAAUGUAAUUUAAAAGUUGGCUUGCAUAUUUUGAAAGAGAAAUAGAACAAUCUACUUUCUAUGUAGCAUGAAAUAUUUAAUAGAAUUUUUAUUGAUUUAUAUUUUCAAAGAUGCUGAAUUAGUUUUAAUUGUGACUUCAGUUUUUGACAUAUUAGUAAGUUACUUUUGUUCUGUCAACUUACUUCUUAAAAUAGAUAUGGAGAAGCUUUUAAUUGUUUAAAAUAAUGAAUUUUUCAUGCAGCAUCAUUUGAAAAAGAAAAUGUAAAUUUUACUAUAGAAGUAAUAAUAUUAGAUAUGAGAGAAAUUUAUUUGCCUCUAACUGUAGUUAAAAUAAUAGUACUACAAAACUGUUGAGUAAGGAGCAUUUCAUUAAUUUUCUUAUUUAUAGACUAACAUGAUUAAAAGUUCUGCAAUUAAUUCUUUUGGGCAACUUACAAUUAGUUGUUAGGUUUGACAAUAAAGAUCUAUUGUGAAAGGAACAAAGUACAUGGUUUUGGGGUGGAAAGAAUUUCUUGAGGAAAUACAAAACAUACUUUGCCCUUGAUGUUGCAAAACCAUUGAAGUUAAGUGCCUUAACUUCUUUUUUACUUUUCAUUUCCCAAAAAAUAUUACUCGUUUCUUUUCCGCAAGAAAAUUUUGGUAACUUUUUCCUCAUGAAGCACAGAGAAAGUGUCCUCAUUAUGCUAUUUUCACUAUAAACUUUAAUUCAUUAGUAAGCAAAUCUUUAUUAAGGGCAGCAGUGGGAUUUCUCAUCUGCUAAAUAAAUUAAUUUAGCAUCCCAAAUGCCAAACAAUUCCACAAAUAAAACUUACUUGAUAAAGUAUAUGAUAUUACUUCUGUGCUGGUUUAUUUUUUUUUUUUUAAUUUUGACGUCUGUAUGUUGGUGCUUUUUGUUAGACUGGUAGGGUUUUAUAACCUAGGGAGUAUGCAUUGUACUUGAGAACUAACUUUUUUCUUCAUUACUUUCUGCGUAUAUAGACAGCAUGUUUUUCAGGACAUUAAUCCAAAUUGCCACUAGCCUCAAUGUUAUGGCACUCUUCCAUACAGUCCAGAUUAACUUAAGGAAAAGCAGAAGUGGAGGUCUAAGUGUUUUACAAGUUGGGGGCUGAAAAUAUACUUUAAAAAAAUCAGUCACUAAUUUCUUGAAGGGCACAAUGAAUAGCCAUCUUAUUAAUUGUUUUGUUUUUGAGAAAUCAAUUUUGGGGGCCAUUUUUAUUUUUGAACUGUUAAAACACUUUGAUGCCUUUUGUGGAUAAAAGUAGUGCCUCUUUGUAAAAUUAGUGGUGUCUCUAAAAGUUCUACGUGUCGAUUUUUUGGGUAAAUCUAUUUCAAGUGCAUGAAUAUUUAAAGGACACAUGUUAUGAAUUCUGUAUAUUUAAGAAUUUUUUGUAAAACAAAUAAUUAGUUACUGAUUUACAUGUCAGUAUAUAUUCUCUCUUCAUUUCUUUAGUUUUUAAAAUACAUAGUCUCUAUUGCUGCUUUUUGCUAAUACUUUUAGAUCCCAGUAAUUAAAGUUACAGUUCUGAUAGUUGCAAAUAAAAUCAAACAAUUUCUUAUUGAAAUAAUAGCUUAUGAAGUUUUUGAAUGUGUAGAAUUAACAUUUUAAAUAAAAUUAGAUGUGAAAAUUGUAAAGGAAUAUAUUUGACUCAAAUAUUUUCAUCCAUUAUAUUUUGUAAACAUUAUAUUGACUUGUUGUACAUAAUAAAACAGGGCAUUUAAGAACCAGAUUUGCUGAACUUGGCAUAAAGUCACCUUUGAAUCAUUUCUGUUUAUAGGUUUGUUAGAAUUUGCAGCAUUUUAAUCUUGGCAUAUAUAAUCUUGACAUAUGUAAUGUGUAGUUCUGUAAGAGGUACACUGAACAUCUGACCACUAUAUUUCGUGAAUAAUAGUAUCAGAUAGAAACAUGCAUUUCAGACUUAUAGUUUGAAAUAUCUUGUAAGUAACCAUUUCAUAUUUUAAGUUUAGUAGCUUUUUGUACUGCUGUUUAACAAAGAUGAAUACAACUGCUUUUAUGUAGGUUGACUUCUGAAUCAUAUCUACAACAGUGUAUAUUCAGAUUGUGUUACUCCUACAACUAAAGUGACAUCUGAACAAAAAAAUAAAAGUUGAUUUUAAUAAAUAUAAAUCUUUUAAAAUAGUUGGGUAAUAAACUAGUGUACAUCAGAUUUUGUAACAUUAAAUAUACUUAUAUCAAGAAUGAAAUUAUUUCAUGCUUAAAAACAGUUGUCGUUUUGUUUUUAUAAUAAAACUCUUUAGAAUUGGUCUUUUA